GUGUCAUUCAACAAGAAAAGCUACCCCAGAAUGCCCCGCGACUGGGGGACAGCCCCUUCCGUCCAGCGAGUGCUGGUGUGCCUGUGUCUGUGUGCACUUCCUCUCACGUGUUUAGCACUUCCGCUUCCGGAAAGCCAGGGCAACCCACAGCUUGAUAAACAGAUGCAGCUAAUGCGGAUAUUGUUUCGCCUUGGGGAGAGGGGAUAUACAUCACCAUAUAUAUAUAGUCACGCCUUAUUAUCGCCGAGUUCAGCGCUAAGAAGAAAACGAUUUGGUAUUGCGGGGUUGGACAAUGUUAACUUCAUAACGAGCACUCUGGAUCAGCUCCGGGCAAGAGAGAAACCUCCUAUACUGCGGCCUCGAGUCACAAUGGAACAAUUACAGGAAAUGAUGAACGCAGGCCGCUAGGUCGCGCUGGAAUUGCCGGAUGUUCCUGCGACUUGAAAAAAAACAGUGUGAUGUUAACGAACAGUAUUGAAUAGGAACAUGUCCCGAAGAGCAGCUCUACGCUAAAUUGUGAACCGACUGGAUGAGUGAGAGAACCUGUUUGUCCAUACUUCCGUGAAGUGAAGGGUGUUUCCACUCCAAGCGUGCAAUAUUUGGGGUACAGCAGUGUCCCUCUGAAGGCUCCUCAGCUACCAUUCUGCAUAUUGAACUGGGACCCCUUCAAUUCUACUGUCAAGAAAACUGAUUUUGAGUUGUACCUGAGUUGGAUAGUGAUCAAAAUUUGGUAACCGAAUUACGAUAAAAUAUGACAUAUUUCUUUACGUUUGGGCCAAGGGAGUAGAGUAGGCCAUUUGAAAGUGGCAGUUUGGCUAGUGUUGUCGAAAAACAUUGUCAGUAAAUGUUAAUAUCUGUGUGUAGUCGCCUAUUGUUUCGCUCUUGAUUGUGAUGAUUUUGUUGUUUUGUAAAUGUUUUCCGAUAAGACAAUUUUGCUUCAUGAUACUCACAGAGUAGUAGGUUAUUAACAAUUCCUCUUUAAAACUCCACUGCCAAUGGUAAGUUGGUGAACGAUUCUGGCGUGCUGACUGGACAAGCAACCUUGUUGGAUACGAAACUUAGAAUAAAAACAAUAAGCAUUGUCCUUGACCCCUUGUGUGCUUAUAUGUCCAGGCAGGGUUUGGCGAGAAACUAUUGUAUUCCACCUAUGACGUUGCCCAGAUAUGACGUCAGUCAGCAUGACGUCAAAAGGAUAUAUUGCAGAGUAAAUAUUAAGUACAAAGCUUAAUUAUUUAGUUAAACUUCGAAAGUAUUAUAAGCCUAUAUUUUAUCAUAUCGGGUGCUAUUACAACAAUAUAAUUUAGAUUUAGUUUAAUAAUUUAAAAAUGAUAUCUUUCUCAUAAUAGACUCCAUAUUUGGUGUAGAUCAGUUGACAUGAUACCACAUUUUGCCGAUAUUUCCUGAUUAUAGAAUUGUUUAACCUUCCUUGUGUGUUGACAUUAAAGUGGAGAGAGACUA